AUGUUUUCCCUAAAAAUUUGGAGACACCACUUGUAUGGAAGUACAUUUAUAAUUUUUAGUGACCAUAAAAGCUUGCAAUGCCUGUUCGAUCAAAAAGAGCUCAAUAUGAGGCAACUAAGGUGGAUAGAAACCUUGAAGGAUUACGACUUUAGAUUGCAAUAUCACGCGGGAAAGGCCAACAUAGUUGCGGAUGCCUUAAGAAGACAAAAUACACUUGUAUCAUUUUUAAUGGUAAAAGAACAAGAAUUACUAGAGAAGUUUCGUGAUCUUAACUUGAAUGUGGAGUUUUCACCAGGAGAAUUAAAAUUUAGCAUGAUAAACCCCUCUAAUGGGUUAAUUGAGGACAUUCAGAAACAUCAAUUUGACGACGAACUACUUCAGCAGAAGAGGCACUUGAUUAUGCAAGGGAAUGCACUAGAAUUCAAAGUUGGGCCAAACAAUAUUAUGCACUGCAAUGGAUGCCUUUGCAUCCUAGCAGUGGACAAGAUAAAAGAGAUUAUUCUUGAGGAGGCACACAUAAGUAAACUGAGUUUUCGUCCAGGAGUGACCAAGAUUUGA